GCUGGCAGUGGAGCGCUUCAGAAAGGCCCUCCUUUGCAGAAAUCCAUCAAGCCUUUGAGACGAUGUUUCAAGAGUCCAGCAUCUGUGAUGAAGUGGAAAAAGAGCUGGGAAAGAAAAUGCUGAAGAGCGUGGUCAACCCAUUCUUGCAAGCUCCAGAGCUGCCAACGAAAACUAGGACAUCUCGAAAGAUGGCUGAGUGCAAAGACGUCGAGAGCUUAGAGGUGGUGUCCAUGAAAGGCCCAGGAGAAAGUGAAUCUGCCGAGCAUGAGCCGGCCGUGUCCCCUUUACUGCUGCGGAAGGAAAGGACCGCUGCGGAUGGGAGUUUAAACGAAGAUGACCGUUUGCUCCCGAAAGACAAGAAGACCAAUCUCUUUAGCGCUCUGAUCAAGAAGAAGAAGAAAACAGCCCCCACGCCUCCAAAGCGCAGCAGCUCCUUCCGAGAAACGGAGGGCCACCUGGACCACAAGGGAGCAGGGGAAGACGAGACCAAGGAUGGCAGCAACGGGGUCGCGAUCCCACACCCUGCUGACCCCGAGGACCGUUCCAGGUUCCAGAACCCCAGCAACGAGGCGGCCGGAGUCGCCAACGGGACCACAGCUGGGAACUCGGCCUUGUUGUCCCCGAAUCUCUGGAAGAAAUCGGGUUCCUCAGCCAACAGUCGCCCAGGCCCCAGCGAAGAGGAGGGCGGCUUGAUCUCCAGCAAGCGUUUCUUGCGCUCCUGCUCUGCCUCUUGUAUGCCCCACGGGGGCAGGGACACUGAGUGGAAGUCGGUGACCCUCCCUCGGAACCUGCAGUCCACAGGGCGCCAGUUUGACUCCUCGACCUUCGGGGGCCACAAGAGCGAGAAGCCCGCCCUGCCUCGGAAGCGAACCAGCGAGGCGAAGGCUGACCUGGUCAACAGGGCAACCGUACCCUCAGCUCCCCGGCUGCUGAAGAAGAAUGAGGAGACCCUGGAGGAGGCAUCCAAGGAGGCCGAGCCCAGCCCAGGCUCCAGUCCGCCCACCCUCACCCCAAAACUCAGCCGGAGGCAGCCUCUGCUCCCUUCCGCCGGAGGGGGGCCAUCCACAGAGCAGGCCACCACGGGCAAAGCCGCCCUGGGCAUCUUUGGUGGCAAAGCUCUGGGGGAGGAAUCCCGGCUGCGAAAGAUGAAGCAGGCCCCAGAGAAGGAGAAAGGGAAACUCUCGAAGCUUAAACCCGCCCCACCUCCUCCGGUCUCGAACUCAUCCUUGGGCAAAAACAGCAAGGGGGGCCUUGGGCCCAGCCACGAAGGGCCAGAAGGGUCGCUGGCAAAGAGCAAACAGGCGGUUGUGGCUGCCGAGCCCGUGAGCACUGAGACUCCCAAGCCCAGCGUGUCGGUGGAGGGGGGCAAAAAGUCAUUGAUGACCUCUGUACCAAAGUCUCCCUCGUCCACCAAGCUGCUCUUGAUGGCAGGUUCCCCUUCUCCGUCUCCCCCCACCGUCCCGUCAGUCCUGGCUGCAGACCAACCCGCCUCCACAGCCUUCAUCCCCCUCAUUUCCACCCGGGUCUCCCUUAGGAAGACCCGCCAGCCUCCAGAGAAGAUAGCUAGCGGCACGGUCACAAAGGGGACGGUCCUGGAGAGCUCCGAGAUCCUGCGGACCGCCAUCAGCAGGAACUCGGAACAGAUGGUAAGCCACAGCGCCGUCCUGGAAGCGGGCAAGAACCUGUACACCUUCUGCGUGAGCUACGUGGACUCGAUCCAGCAGAUGCGGAAUAAGUUUGCCUUCCGAGAGGCCAUCAACAAACUGGAGAACAGUCUCCGGGAGCUUCAGAUCUGCCCUGCCACAGCUGGCGGAGGUCCGGCCACCACCCCGGAUUUUAGCAAGUUGCUCAGUUCGGUCAAAGAAAUCAGCGAUAUUGUCCAGAGGUAGCAGAAGUGGGUGGAUCAUUGGUGACCCACAUUAGGUGGGACUGGCCCGAGACAUUUUGGUUCCUGGGGCAGAACAGUUGGACCCCACGCAACAGAGAGGCAACACACAGACUCCGCCACGUGGGUUGUGUUUUAACUGCCCUCCGGGGUUCUCCAAGACCCUCAAGCUCUUGAGCAUCCCAGGCAUUGCGUUGCUUGGAUCGCUCCCACCCUCAGGAUAUGCACACCCUCUGCUUCCCACAGGCCACAUUGUGAAAUGAGAAACCCCUCCCUGUGCACCUCCCCACCCCUAAUCCAUGUUUCUAACCUGGAUUUCCCUUCACUCCCGUCUUCUCAGACACUUCUUCACUCUGGGGAGUCCAAGUUUUGUAGAGCUUAACUCAUCUUAACGUUGCAUCCUUUGGGACAUUCUGACUAAUGUUUUCUUUCUUUCAGUGUGAGCUUUGUGCUGAAAGUGGGGCCUGUGGGUUGCAAGGGGUCCCCCCUGGUUGCUUCCCCUUGCCCUCCUGCCCUCAUCCAUUGCUGCCCGUGGGUGUAUUCUCACACCACAUCCUCCCUCUCGCAUUGAUUGAAGGCCCCAGCCUUCAGUGUGAAAUUGGCAGGGCCCCUAAGAGGAUCAACAGAAGCGUCUUUGCUCUCCAUCUGCCCCUCGGAUAAAUGAAUCGAUACGUGAACAAACCCUUCCCUCGCUCGGUUUUGUUUCAAGAGCUGCCAUCAGUUGCUUUGGGAUUGGAAAGAGGCAAUCGAACCUUCCACUAAAAGCCAAACUUGACCAGUUUGGGUCAUUGGGGAUCUGCACAUCCUUUUUUUUUUUUUGGAAGGGGGUUGCCCAGUGCCACUCUGCAUGAGUCUGUGCCCAACAAAGAGGUCAUCCGCUGCUUCUCUGCAUGACUCACUCCGUUGGCCUGCAGGGGAAUCAUUCUGCGCUCCUUGGAUGUGAUCAGCCCUAAAAGUGUGGGAGCAGAGAAACCCUGGGGGUGGGGGUUGUUUGGGAUAACUUUGCAUGGUUUUAACGGGCUAAAUUCUUUGGCUAAAUUCUCCCCAACUACUUGAAAUUUGCCAGUCUGAUUUACACCCACCCACCCCUUUAUCUCUUUUCAUGAAUGAAGCCCAGAAACAGUUGGGAGGGGUUGUUUUAAAGUGGACACGAUUUGCACCUCCAGGUGCUUAAGAUCUUUGGGUUCAUUUCAUUUUUCUCCUAGCUGGGGCUGCCCCAAAACCUUUUUCCCACGUGCCUGUACCCAAGGCCAGUUUCUCAUCCCUUUCCCCCCUCCCAAGGCGUGUCUUUCAUGACACCCAAGGCGGGUUGCCUGAAACGGCUUUCUCAUCGAAAACAGCCCAGAUGUCUGGACCCUGCCUUUGUCAAGGGAAAAAUUGCACAAUGCAAUACUCCCUUAUUUGUUAAGGAAACCCUCAAUAGAAAGCCAGUAUGUCAAGGAGAAGAAUUGCCUUCCCCUGAUUUCCUGGACAUGCUACUGUUCUAAAUGCAGGGAUGCCCACCUGUAAUGGUCUGUGGGAAUGACCUUGGGAAACAGAGGAAGAGCGGCAGGCUAGACAACAGUCAGAUAAGAGGCA